AUGGACCAAAACCAAACAUCGUCAACGGUAAUCAUAGACGACCAAACUCAAACACCAUCAACAACAACUAUAGACCAAAACCAAACACCAGCACCAGCACCAGCAGUGUCACCUGUGGUUGGCUUGUCAAUGUCAUUAGUGGUAUCUCUAGUGAUGAGAGUUCUUACAUUUAUUUUGUUGUUGAUAUCAUUGAUUAUCAUUGCCUCUGCCAGUUUUGAUACAUUUGAUAUCUAUGGUUUUCCAAUCACGGUUAAGUCCAAUGACUUCUAUGGUUAUCGUUAUAUGAUAUCGGCAGAUGUGAUUGGAAUGGCCUAUACCCUGCUAUUAGCUGUGUUAACAAUCUCCCAUUUGAUCACAUCUGGAAGUCCCAUUGGCAGUGGCCUUGCCUAUUUUGAAUUCUAUGGCGAUAAGGUUGUCUCAUUCAUAUUGGCUACUGGAGCUGCUGCUGGAUUAGGACUCAGUGUGGAUUUUAACAGAUUUCUGGACACUGGCAAAGAUAUACAAAAUUUUAUUAACAUGGCAAAUGCUGCUGCUAGCCUGCUUCUUCUUGGAUCUGUUUGCUCUACCAUUUCCUCAUUCAUUUCUUCUCUCAAUCUUCCAAGGAGAUCAAAAGCUUGA